GACCAGCGCGGCGCGCGGCUCCGGUUCCAGCCUGGAGAAGCCCAGGGCACGCGGGGCGGGGCCGGGCCGGCGCCGAGGCUCAGCGCCCUCCCCGCGCCGCCGCCCCGCCGAGUGGAGAGAAAAGUUUGAGGCCCGGGGGGAGCGAGGCGAGCCCUGGGAGUCGGGUCGGCCCCGGGCUUCAGCGGCCCCUCCGUCGCGGGGCUGCAAGAGCUGGUUUCCGCCGCUGCCGCUCGAGGGACAGACUGGGCGGGGACGUCCCGGGCUCCCGCCCUCCGGCGGGUCGGCCACAGGCCCGAGCCUCGCGGCGCACUCGCGCCCGGGCAGGGCGGACCGUCGCUGGAGGUUCAUCCAGCUUGGGCUGGCUCUUGCGGGACCCGGGCGCUGUCGUCAGGAGCGCGGCGCGCACCCCCCUCGGAGGCUCGGCGGCUUCGGAGUUCAGGCCCGGGACUGGACAGGUUGGGAUGUGGUUCUUCGUCCCAGAGUACGCGCUCGCAGCACCGGCUCUGGGAACUCUGGCGACUGGACUCGCCACCAGUCCCGAAGGGUGAAGCGCUGUCCCGACCAAGAGAGGCACGGGUCACUGACUCAUGCGUCGGGCGGGAAUCCGGAGUCCCCUGGAACGGAACGUUCGUGGGAUCUGGCCGCCUCGGGGAAUGACAGGGGCGCUCUCACGGCCCAGGGAAGCGGAGAGGGCGAGCCGCACAGCCAGUCGCCAGACAUCCUGCUGGGCAACGCCGAUAAGGAGCGGAACGCACGAGCCGCCGUUAGCACGAGCAGAGCCCGGCCAGCCCUCGUGGCCCCUUGUCAGCCGGAGCCCCGGACCCUGGCUAUGGAACCAGCAGGCUGCCCCGGAGGACUGCUCCCACGGCCUUGCAGGGUGCUGGUGCUGCUGAACCCCGGCGCCGGCAAGGGCAAGGCUCUGCAGCUUUUCCAGAACCAUGUGCAGCCCCUUCUGGAGGAAGCUGAGAUAUCCUUUAAACUGAUGGUUACAGAGCGGCAGAACCAUGCCAAGGAGCUGGUGUAUGCAGAGGAACUGGGCCACUGGGAUGCCCUGGUGGUCAUGGCCGGUGAUGGUCUGAUCCAUGAGGUGGUGAACGGGCUGAUGGAACGGCCUGACUGGGAGAUUGCCAUCCAGAAACCCCUGUGUAGCCUCCCCGGAGGCUCUGGCAAUGCAGUGGCAGCGUCCAUCAACUACUAUGCUGGGUACGAGCAGGUGACUAAUGAAGACCUCCUGUUCAACUGCACGCUGCUGUUAUGCCGUCGGCGCCUAUCACCUAUGAAUCUGCUGUCGCUGCACACUGCUUCCGGCCGGCACCUCUAUUCCGUGCUCAGCCUGGCCUGGGGCUUUAUUGCCGAUGUGGACCUGGAGAGUGAGAAGUACAGGCGCUUGGGGGAGAUUCGCUUCACGCUGGGAACCUUCUGCCACCUGGUGACCCUGCGGAUCUACCAGGGCCAACUGGCCUACCUUCCCGUAGGAAAGGCGGCCUCUAAGGUGCCUGCUUCCCCUGCACUGGCGCACGAGGGCCCUGUGGACACACACCUCGUCCCUCUGGAAGAGCCAGUGCCCUCCCAUUGGACCGUGGUUCCAGAGCAGGACUUCGUGCUGGUGUUGGUACUGCUACACAGCCACCUGAGCACAGAGCUGUUUGCGGCACCCAUGUGCCGCUGUGAGGCUGGCAUUAUGCAUCUGUUCUACGUCCGUGCGGGGGUGUCGAGGAUCAUGCUGCUGCGUCUCUUCCUGGCCAUGCAGAAGGGCAAGCACAUGGAAUUUGACUGUCCAUACAUGGUUCAUGUGCCCGUGGUUGCCUUCCGCCUGGAGCCCAAGAACCAGCGGGGCUUAUUUGCCGUGGAUGGAGAGAGGAUGGCGUGUGAAGCCGUGCAGGGCCAAGUGCACCCCAACUACUUUUGGAUGGUCUGUGACAGCAGAGAUGGCCCAUCCAGCUGGGAGCCCCAGCAGAGGCCACCUCCAGAACUGUGAUGCCCUGGCUCUCUGUGCCUUUGUCUGUGUCUACACUGAGAAGGGACCCUCCCUGCUCCCAUCCCCUGGGAAGGGGGUACUUCUAAAGCUCAUAUGGAGGUGGCGGGAACCCUACCCUAUAGAGAAAGCAGAAAAGUGGGACUGUUUUGGAAAGGCAGGCUAGAAUGAGGUCCUGGGCAGGAGCCCCGCUGGCUGGGCCACUUGUGUAUAGAAGGCACCCUCUGAGAACCAAAUUCAAAUAAAGUAGCCUUUUCCAGUC